AUGCCAAUGGAAACAGAAAGUGAGAGGAAUUCACUUUCAUCACCAUUGAAGAGUCAGCCUGGGAACCAUUCUGCCAUCUCUCAGGAGGAGUCUAGCGUGAAAAGAGGGAGAGCAAUCUUUGAAAAGAUGUCAUCAGAAAAUGGCCAUAGCAACAGCUCUGAAGUGGAGUCUCGCAAACUUGUAAGAGGACUAUCUAAGGAGAGCACUCCCAGGGCUGAUAACACACCGCUGGAUUUCCAGGAGACUGUCUCCUUUAAAGAAAGAAUGGCUAUGUACAAGGCUGCUGUGUCCUUUGCCCAUGGUUCUCCUCAUGAGCAAGUUACCCAUGAAAAGAAAAUGGCAUCUACAUUCACUCAGCAUGACACAGUAAUCAAUUCAGCUCAGAAUGAAGAGCUCCCAAAGACUGUAACACAGAUUUUAAAAGAACAGAUUGAGAAGGCAGCUCAGGAAAAGGCUGCUCACUCCGACAGAGAGAUCACAACAUCUGCUAAAGAAGUAAAGAAACUGCAGAUUCAGGAAAAUGAAACAUGCAAACUCUGUCAACAGAGAGUUUACCCCAUGGAAUGUCUAGUUGCCGAUAAGCAAAAUUUUCAUAAAUCAUGUUUCCGAUGUCACCACUGCAGCAGUCAAUUAAGCUUGGGAAAUUAUGCAUCUCUCCAUGGAAAAAUAUAUUGUAAACCCCAUUUUAAGCAACUUUUCAAAUCAAAAGGAAAUUAUGAUGAAGGUUUUGGACACAAGCAGCAUAAGGAAUUAUGGAAUUCUAAAGAUCAACUUAGUUCAAUUAAAAAUAAUCAGGCUGAAGAAACAAAUCCAAUUAAUAGUGCACCUGUUGAUCCUAAACCAAUUACAGAAGUAGAUAAAGACUUGUACUCAGGUACUGAAGGUGCACGUCCUGAUACUUUGGAUAAUAAUUUGAAAAAAUCCACAGAAAGAGGUAAAUUAAAAAUGAUAUGGCCCCCUUCAACAGAUGAUGCAGCACAUAAGAAAACAUUUUCUAUUGAAGAAUCAGCUAAAGUAAAUAAGUCAAAGUGGCCCCCAGAAGAUUUUGCUCAAGAAGAUUCUAGUUUACAUAGAAAUAAACCUCUGGGCAACAAAAAGGAAUCUCAGAAAAAUCCCAAUGUGAUGGAGCAAAAUAAAAACAACAACACAAAUUCACAACAAAAUCAACACUCAUCCUUUUGCUCUCUGUCUGAGAAAGAAGGUAAAAAUACCUGUAAACCAAAGAAAAAUGAAGCAGGCAAUAAGGGGAAGGAUGGGGAAGCAGGGAAUGUGCAAGAUAAGGUGAUUAAACUAGAAGCAUCAGAGAGUAGGGAGCAAAGUGGAAAGGAUAUUAAUGAGGGUGAUAAUGUAAUUGUGGAUAGUCCUGGGAAGAAGCAAGAAAAACAAAUAAAUGAAACUGAUAAUUCAGAAGUUGUACAAGUCACUAACAUUGAUGAUGUAACAGUACAAAAGAAUUACAAAGAAUGCAGCUUGAAUAGCAAUAACAAUAAUAAUUAUGCCACUUUUUCUCAUCAAAACAUUUCUACACAAAAAACAACUCUCUCAGCUAUGUCUACCCCAAAGCCAGCAUUAAACUAUGCUAUUUGCACUGAAUCACAGCAUGCCUUUGCAAAACUGGACAGUCAGUCUGGAAAUGAAGACAUAUACGCGAUGUAUGAACCUCAUGAGAGCUGUUCUAGUAAUACUGUACUUGCACAGGAUGAACCGCACUCAAAAGAUGAAGAUGCUGUUACUUCUAAGAGUCUUGCUCAAUUUAAUAAUGAUGCCACUUGUCAGAAGUCUCAUACUAGCAGCAUGUUAGUUUUGAAGACGGCAACUAACACAUUCUCUGUUGAUACUGAGUUGUUAUGCACUGGAGAAGAAUCAGAAUAUGACAAAAAUGAUAAAAAGCUAAAUACUAUUUUAUCUGACACUCUGAAGAAAUCUUUUCUUAAAAAAAACAACCUGGUUUUAAACUGUGGUCUAAUAGACUCUACAGAUGUAAGUAAAAAAUCCUGCAGUCCAUAUUUGAAAGAACAUGGAAAUUAUGGUAGAGAACUGAAUUAUAUUAACGCUUGUCAAGAAAGUGAAAUAAUCCAAUUGGCAAAGACUGACAUAAAUACAAGCUUAGAUUUACUGAGCUCAAGACAUACUGCUGUUUCAUCAUUCCAAGGCAAGAAAGUCACGUUCAAAUGGCUCACUGCAGAUGAACAAAUUAAAAAAAGUAGAUUUUAUGAUGAAAAUUAAUAAAACAUCCAAGUUGUCGGCUAUGUCUGUCACUCAUUACAAAGUAUUUCUUCAGUCUACUUAUUUUAGUCUCUCAUGGAGAAUUUAAUAUCCAGAGAUGACAUAAAAAAAUACAAUUAUACUGUCAAUUACCCAGACUUUAUCCAGUUAGUUUAAGGCAUUUAAGGCAAUGAAGAUGUAGAUUUUUUUCCAUCUGUAAUUAUAAAACACACUUUGUUUUUCUAUAUUUCUGAACAUUGCAAGGAAUAUUUUACUACGCUAUCCUGGAGAAACAUAAUCCAUUUCAAUAUUUAUUAUUUGUAACAACUUCAGAUGUGAAGCGCCUGGUGUGCACAAUGGAAGAAAAAAUACUUCCAUUGUUUUUUCUAAUGUAUUAUUACUGUAACUGAGCUGUUGCUCCAUGACAUAUUAUGUACAUUGGUUGUGUUAGCUCAUGCUAGAAAAUCUGGGGUUUGGUUGAGAUUUGGGGGGGGUUAAUCUUUUUCUUUUCUGUUUUUGCAAUAUCAUGUAAUACUUAGUUUGAAAUGGAUCAUUACUGAAUAGUAACCACAGCUGGUUGGUGAAUAGCACUGUUUUGCUAUAUUCUGAGAGCUGCUACUAAGUUAUGUUGAGUAACAGGGGAGAAAAAAAGUGUGUAAACUUUAACAUUGGAUAAAAAAAAACCAGCCUAAAUAGAAAUGAAAGAGUGUUUGGGGACACUGGGCAAUGAAGACUAGUGGUUGUUUCAGUAACUAAUUCAAAGUCAUUUGAGCUGAAGCAGCUCUCCAGUGUCAUAUUUAAACCUGUACAAACUUAUGCAAACUCUAGCACUUUUUUCCUUAAGACCUAUGCUUAUGGAUUAAUGUUUGCUCACCUAACACUAUUCUAUCUUGUAUGAUACAGCAACAUAUCAUUUAACUGUUGACAAUGCAUAAUAAAAAAGCACUUUACAAAAAAAAUAUUUUGUGAUUUUUUUAAUAUGAAUUUAUAAGUACUAUUUUCAUUAAAUAGUUUGUGAAGUUCUUCAUGCAAUGACUAGUUUAAACCAAAGUGUCAGAGAGAAAGGGGAUCAUAAUAAAAAUGCAUUUUUCAGAAUAGUUCCUGAAGGGAAAAAUUGCACUGAUGAGUAGUAGUAAAAUGAAAUUUUUCUACAUCAUUAUUUAGUACAGGAGCCUGUCAGUCUGAGAAAUAUAUUUUCACUGGCUACUAUUGGCUAGUGAAGAUGUUCUACUGCUUUUAGAACACAGCAGGGCUCAUGUAUUCUUCUAUACUGAAAAGCACCAAUUACAGAGAUUAAAGAGCCUGAUUUAAUGGCUGGGCCAGAGCAGCAUUUUAGAGGACUUCUAAAUUUGCAGUCCAUUUGAAACUUCAUUAAUUGCAAUUCAUUAAUUGGCACAAAAGCUUACUUAGAGUUACUUAAAUUGUUUUUAUAGGUGCGGCAUAUCCACUAAUCCCUUUAGAGCCUUUCUAGAGUUAGGGGCAAUC